AUGGCUGCAGAUCUGAUCUACGAUAUCCGGGAGCUACCCGAUAGCUCGCAGGCUUCCCAGGGCCAGAGAUAUCGCGCUCACUUGUACCAUGUCGCCCGUCUGGCGAUCUGGACGAGCAAUGUUUACUUGACUAUCCGAGGUCUGGCAGUCCUACUGGGCCCGCAACAAUGGCAGACAUGGAUGAUGUUUCUGGUCGAGGCGAUCUUUAUUCAUCUCUCUCGCAAGGAUCAAAAUUUGGUGAUUGCAGCCUUCCGUGUCAAUCGAGAAGGACGGCGAAGACGACUACGCCUCCAGGGGAACGAAGCUCUGCCCCGAGUGGACGUGCUUCUACCUUGCUGUGGCGAGGAUGUGAAUGUCAUUAUGGCUACAGUCCGCGCUGCCUGCGCAAUGGACUAUCCGAGCUCGUGUUUCCGCGUCUUGGUCCUAGACGACGGAGGCUCAGCUACUUUGAAGGAAGCUGUGUCGCAAGUUCAAACGGAAUGGAGCCAUGUCUCAUACCAUUCACGAGGCCGGCAGUCGGGUAUGGUCUUUGCUAAAUCAGGGAAUCUGAAUUAUGCGUUGACCGAACUGCAGAGACGGUCACCGCCGGAGUUUUGCGCCGUCCUUGAUGCGGACUCUGUGCCAACGCCGGACUUCCUUCGCGCAACUCUGCCUCAUCUGCUGCAAUGUGACGAGGCGGCGUUGAUCUCCACACGCCAGUAUUUCUCCAAUCUGCCUACCGGCGACCCGCUCUCUCAGACGAGAAGCCACUUCUACACCUGCCAGAACGCCGCAUUAGAUAUGCUGGGUCGGGCUAUUGAUGCAGGUUCCGGAGCGGUGUUUCGCCGGAGCGCUGUUGUGCAUGUGGGACUCUACCCGACAUUCUCAUUCUCGGAAGAUUGGCAACUAUCACAAAUCUUGCAUGGCAUGGGCUGGCGGACCUUCCAGGUGCAGGAGCCUCUGCAGUUCGGCUUGAUCCCCGAUUCUCUAACAGGCCACUGCGCACAACGGAGUCGUUGGAAUAUCGGACACGCCCAGCAGAUGCCUGCUAUGCUCUCACCCGAGUAUAAGCACUAUCCAACCUCUCUUCGGUGGAGCAUCGCUUUGAACGGAUUGGGAAUCAUUGCCGGGGAAAUUCUGUGUUUUUUGGGCUUCCUGGCGGUGCCGUUGCUCUUCGUCUCCGGGGACUUGGUUCCGACGAACUACCCCAGUCUGGCGCGGACUCAGAUAGUCAUGUCGGCGUUUCAAGUCCUGAUGAUGUGGAUGUUUGAAUAUCUGCAGGCCUCACAAAACAAUUUUCAAAGUGCCCCCUUUGCGCAUUUGGAAAACAAAUGGCUCGCUGGAUCGACCAUCCUUGCCGUCCUCAAAUUCUAUCUUGUAUCUGCGAGACCCAAGGGAUCUUCCUUUGUCACAGGAAGUGUCCUCAAUUCAUGGAACCGGCGUGCAUCCUCCGCGUGGAAGAAGAUGCAGGUCGAUCUCUGGAAGAAUGGCGUCUGGUAUAACAUCUGUCUGUUGUCAGCUACCAUCUGGACCGUCUUGACAGCCAUCAGACCCAUCCUAUCAGGGAUCGGUGACAUCAGCCCGACGGAAUUGUUGACAAGCAUCGCGUUUCCGCCCCUGCUUCAUGUGUGCUAUUUGACUUUGGCUGUCAACUGGGUUCCGGUGGCAUAUGUGUUCAAUCCCCCUCGUUACCCCGUCGACGAAGCGGCAGUGAGCGAGAAGAGCGAAAAAGCCGCGCCACACCCACACGAAGCAGCUAAAGAUGAAAUAUCCUCAGACGUCAAAUGGCCCAUGGUGGAAAAAGUUGGCAAGGAGAUUCUGCAGCUGGGCACCCGAUUGGAAAUCCAAGAGCAACCCAAGCUUUGA